CUCGCUCGGUCCAUAUUGAAGUGCUCCAAACGGCUGCUUCCAUUACCCCUCAUGCAAGGAACACAGUCUCCGCAUUGGGGUUUCUCUUUCGUCUCCUCCUUCUCCUUCCUCCCUCCCUCUCUGUUCGGGCACCGCGUACUUGACCUCCAUCCUCUCGCGGUGAACUCCACCUGUCCAAAAACACCUAAUAUUCAAAGUCAUGCUGGUCGGUAAACCAAACACCGUCAAGGACGCCUGCGACAGCGUCCCUCUAUUCAACCCUCCGCUAUGGAUUCAACGUCGUGCCCUUGUCUCCCAGAUUCUCCUUAAGCAUCAUGUCCAGUCCGUACUGGAUAUGGGUUGUGGAGAAGGCUCGUUACUAGAGAUACUAUUGAAUGAACCUGCGUUCACGAGACUCGCAGGCGUGGAUGUCGACGAGAACGUUUUGGAGGUGGCUACGUACAACUGCGCGCCAACGGAUUAUGAUAGGACGUAUCUAAGGGAACUGCCCGUGGAGUUUGAUUUGUACAGAGGUUCAGCUGGAGAGUUCGACAAACGGUUAUCGAAUUUUGAUGCCAUCGCAAGUGUUGAAGUUGUAGAACACCUAGACGCAGACAUCCUCGCCACCUUCCCCUCCACAACCCUCGGCGCCUACCGUCCGCGCAUAAUGGUCGUAACAACCCCCAACGCCGAAUUCAACAUCCACUUCCCCAACCUCUGCUACGGCACCCCCGAGUCCAAAUUCCGCCACUGGGACCACCGAUUCGAGUGGACGCGGGCAGAGUUUCAGGAAUGGGCUACAAAGGCCGCUGCGAAGUAUGGGUAUAGCGUUACGUUUAAUGGGGUGGGGUUGAUUGCGGCGAAGAGCGAAGCUGGGGUGGGGAGCGUUGGGCAUUGUACGCAGGUGGCGGUUUUCCUCCGGAAUGAGGGGGUUGGAGAUGCGGCGCUCCACGUUCCAACCCACCUCUUGCAGCCAGGGAAACAGGAACCGGGGAUUGAUUCUGGCGCCACCACGGAGGAUGUACCGCCAUCGAAUAAUGACCAGCACCCAUACACGCACUUCGCCAAAAUCGACUUCCCCCAUUUCCAAGAAACCGGCUUCACAGACGCCGACAUAAUCGACGAGCUCAAGCGCCGCGCAUCGACACUGGUCUGGAACGAGCGAUACUCUCGGCUUGUCGCUGCCCAAGAUUCACCAACCCCCGAUGAAACAUCGCACGACCAAUUCCCUCUCGAACAAUUCUGGAACGCCCUCCGCAUCCGCCAACUCUGCAAAACCCGCGCCCGCCUCAUCCACCUCCUCUCCUCGGACCCCGCCGCGCCGUUCUUCUCACUCUCCACAACAACAAUAGUGCCCGAUCAUAACCCCAUCGUUAAGAUCCUCUACACCGUUCCCGCGGAACCCACCCCGCCACCUUCUACAUCCCCGUCUUCCUGCUCCUCCUCGGACCACUACGAAGAAGAAGAUGCCGAGAACGUCCCCGGAAGUCCCGCGGCGUCCCUCGGAUCCCUCUCCCCCCGCUCCCACCGAGCCGGCAGCGUCGAUUUGCGCGCGUGGGGGGAUUGGGUUGUUGAGGGUGGGGCGUCACCGCGGG